UGCAAAAAAAAAUUUAGUGAUGCGAUUGAGAUACGGCUGCAUAGAACGAAGUGUACAAAUAUUAUAAAAAAUGUGUUGGCUCCGCACUUUUUUGAAGAAUUAAGGACGGACAUCGGCGAUUCCAAGUUUAGUUUGUUACUGGACAAAUCCACUGACAUUAGUGUAACAAAACUUCUCGGUAAGUCGGUAAAACAUUAUUGUGCUAGUUGAAAAUUCUAAUCUAAAUUUUCUUCUAUGUAUGUUUAGGCAUUGUCAUCAUCUACUUCAGUAAAACGCAUAACCGAAUUAUAUCUACGUUUCUAUCACUAGCAGAACUGGAAAAUGCAGAUUCUGGUGGUAUAGUGGACUGUCUGAAAAAAGAAUUAAAAAAGCUUAAACUAAAUAUUAAUAAACUUAUCGGAAUUGGUACAGACAACGCCAACGUCAUGGUUGGUCGCAACAAAAGUGUCUACACGGAAUUAAAGCGAGAAAUUCCAUCUCUAACUUUGGUCAAAUGUGUCUGCCAUUCUAUCCAGUUGGCAAUUAAUCAUGCUUCUAAAGAGUGCCUUCCUCACGGCCUUGAAUUUCUAAUUUAUGAGACUUACAACUGGUUCAGUAAAAGUUCCAGUCGCAGAUUACAAUACAAACAGAUUUUUCAGAUAAUCAACGAUGAAAAUGCGCCGUUAAAAAUUCCAAGAGUUAGCGACACACGAUGGCUUUCAAUUGAAGGGACCGUAUCGCGAAUACUACAGCAGUGGCUGGAGUUGAAGACACAUUUUGGUAUUACUAGCAAUUCUGAAAAAUGUCAUAAAGCAGAAAUUCUGUACGAAAUGUAUAAAGAUGAACGAAAUUAUCUCUACCUUCUGUUUUUGAAACCAAUACUUGCCGAGUUACUUGCUCUUAAUAAUAGCUUUCAAAGUAACAAUACUGACCCGACGAAAUUACUUAAAGACUUUGCAGUUGUAAUUAAUUCUUUAAAAAGUAAAAUCAUUAGCCCAGAUAAUGAUGUAGAUGUAAUCUCGAUUGAUUUUGAGCAAUAUAUCAAUAAAAGUUGCUAUUUGGGAUAUAACUUCGAAAAGAAAAUAUUAGAGAUGAAAUCCUCCUCUGGGCUAACCGAGGAAUCAGAAAAAUAUAUAAGAACAAUAUGUACAAAUUUUGUAGUAGUGCUUAUCAACCAACUAAAACAAAGGUUACCAGAUAAUUUCGAUACGAUUAAAAAAGUUAAUAUGUUUUCAGUGGGCAAUGUUUUACGUGCAUCGCAUGAGGAGAUAGAAGAUGUUUUAAAACAUUUUAAUUACAGUGACGAUAUGAUAGAAAAAAUUAUAAUUCAGUAUAAUAGAAUUAAUUUUGUAAAAUGGAAUAAUAUAAGCAAUACAAUGCAAUUUUGGGCAGAAGUUCAAACUUAUACGGAUGCAGGUGGUAACAAAUUGUUUCCCGAUUUGGCGGAAUUUGCACUUCAUUUACUUUCACUGCCUUGGUCUAAUGCAGACGUGGAACGAUUAUUCAGUCAGCUAAACUUGGUGAAAACAAAGCUACGCAACAGUAUACACUUAAUUACUAUAAAUGCUAUAUUAAGUAUAAGAUACGGUCUUAAAAGGCAUAAUAAGUGCUGCACAGACUAUGAAAUUCCAAGAAGUUAUUUAAAGAUGAUUGGAACAAAUAAGGCAUACGAAAACGAGAGUAUCGAUUAUAAUAAUCAGUCCGAUGAUAAUUUAUAUAAAAUUAUAAAUGAGUUGUAACCUGCCUAACUUUUGUGAAAACUGAAAGUUUAGUUAAAAAAUAACGUUCGACUGAAAUUUUCAUA